ACCCCCGUAACCCUACCCCGUAUAAAACCCAACGCGGCGAUAGGGGUUCCUCCAUCCGUCGCCGCCAAAAUCCCAUUUCCUCUCGCGCUUCACCAAGCUCUCAAGUUUCCUUGCUGCUUCUGCGGCGACGGCGGCGGCGGCGAUGGAGGAGGUCACGGAGGCCGUGAACAACCUGAGCAUCUCUGGAGGAGCGACCGCGGCCGGAGGAGGCGCGGAGGGGCACAAGAAGAACCGCAUCCAGGUCUCCAACACCAAGAAGCCCCUCUUUUUCUACGUCAAUCUCGCCAAGAGGUACAUGCAGCUGUACAACGAAGUGGAACUCUCCGCCCUCGGCAUGGCCAUUGCAACUGUGGUGACAGUAGCUGAAAUUCUGAAAAAUAAUGGUCUUGCUGUCGAGAAGAAGAUCAUGACAUCGACUGUUGAUGUCAAAGAUGACUCCAGGAGCCGCCCUAUCCAGAAGGCCAAGAUUGAAAUAUUUCUCGGCAAGACGGAGAAAUUUGAUGAGCUGAUGGCUGCGGCUGCAGAAGAGAGGGAGGCUGCCGAGGCCGAGGAGCAAAGCUAAAUUGCUGGAAGGCCCCUGUUGUAGCUUAUUCUACUGUUCUGCAGCUAGAUUUCUACAGUUUUUAAUUUGUCAGAGGCGGCAAGAGACGAGUGCUUGUAUAAUCAGUUUGGGCGCAGCUUAUUUAGUGUGCUUUUUCUUGAUUCAUUAGGUCUGGAUGGUAACUGGUGUUCAUGAUACUCUUGAUUCGCCCUGAUUUCCAUUUAGAAUGUAUCCCAUUGCCUCUA